AUGGAAAAAGCUGAGGUAUCAGACCUGCACUCAGGCCCGAGCACCACAAUCUCACUAGGGGCUGAAGGACCUCAAGUACCGAAAACGAGACCCGCGACACCUACGGCUAUUGAACGAGUGGUUUCUCAUUUGACCAUGCGGUCAAUCGCGAAUCCUGGUCCACCUCCUGAUGGUGGCCUUCAAGCAUGGACUCAGGUCUUUUGCGCCUGGCUUGCUAUUCUGAAUACAUGGGGCUUUGUGAACUCUUUUGGAGCUUUUCAAACAUACUAUGCUUCUAUUCUUCCUCAGAGCAACUCCACUAUAUCCUGGAUUGGGAGUACCCAGGCUUGUCUUAUGUUCCUUCUUGGCACUUUUUCCGGUCGCGCUCUCGACGCUGGGUUGUUCCGUCCAACUAUUAUUAUUGGUAUCGCCUUCCAGCUAGUAGGCAUAUUUACGAUGAGCCUGGCGAAGAAUUACUGGCAACUCCUCCUUACUCAAGGGAUAUGCACUGGAAUCGGAGGAGGAAUCUUCUUUUGUCCAGUGAUGGGUCUGGUUUCGACAUAUUUCGCCAAGAGAAGAGGCAUGGCUAUUGGCAUCGUCACUUCUGGGAACUCCGCUGGAGGAAUCAUAUACCCAAUCGUAGUCCGCCAACUUCUCGAUAAAGUUGGAUUCGGAUGGACAGUUCGUGUUUUAGGAUUCAUUAACGUUGUUUCUUUGGCUGUCGUCAUUGCCUUCAUGAAGCCUCGACUUCCACCCCGAAGGACGGGACCGAUCAUAGAUACAAGUGCAUUCACGGACGUUCCAUACAUACUUCAUGUGCUCGGUACCUGUUUCCUAAUGCCCCCGGUUUAUUUCGCGUUCUACUACAUUGCAUCUUUCGCCCGUGACGAACUCCACAUGCCAUACGCGACCUCUCUCAACCUCGUCAUGAUCCUCAAUGGCAUCGGCAUUCCCGCGCGCGUCCUCCCAGGCUACAUCGCAGACCACUACAUCGGCGUGCUAAACACCUUCUCCUGCUGCCUGCUCCUCAGCAUCAUCAUGCUCUGGGCGUGGCUUGGCAUCCACUCCAUCGCGUCCUUCUACGCCUUCACCGCCAUAUACGGGCUUGCUGCCGCUGCGUUUCAAUCGCUCUUCCCUACAUCCAUUGCAGCACUGGGUAAUGAUAUUAUGAAGACGGGAACCAGACUUGGCAUGGCCUUUACAGUGAUUUCGUUUUCAGCAUUGGUAGGGGGCCCUAUUGCGGGUGCGCUGCUGAAGGCGGCUGGAGGAAGCUAUGUGUCCCCUAUUUGUUGGUCGGCGGCAAAUACAGUUGUGGGUAUGGCGUUAUGCUAG